AGACCUGUCUAUAAGACCGUGCAUCGGACUUAUCAGCUGUCGUGAUUAUAAUCCUAGUUUUUUUUUUCAUAAGUCGUAAAUAGCCGUAAUUCAAUUUCUUAUCGUUAGAACGAUACCCGAGUUAAUAAUUUGUCAAACGGACGAUUGUAGUUGCUUUUAAUCUAUAUUAAACACUUGUGUUGUGUACGUACGUACGUAAAAUGCCACCACAUCGACGUUACUGUGAGAUAAAAAAUUUGUUACCAGUUGAAAAGAAAGAGCCGUCUGCAGUUGUGUUGUUGAAAUUGUUAAUCCUGCUGUUUGCGUGAUUGUAUAGGUGUUCCGGUAUUUAAUUGUCAGAUUUUCCAUUAUUUCGACACUGCAGCAACAGAAUCCUAACGUAUUUACAAUACAUUUACUCACGUAGUUUUAAAAUGCCUGGCAGAAGUUGUUGUGACGCUUUUAAAGCUUGUGUAUAAACCGGCUAGUCAAGGCUCAUUUUUGAAAAGACGAGACCAAUUGUAAGCAAGGAAUAAUGUCUCAUAUCUGUGAUGAUCAAAUCAAUGAUGAUUACAUCGGUGAUGAGUCUGAGAAAAACCUGUUAGUGGCUAAUGACAGUUGCGCAAGAUGCAGGAAGUUGUCAACGUCUAGCAGCAUACUCAGUUACGAAAGCAAACUGCGAAAUUGGACGGAGGAUUUAAUGGUCGGAGCCGAUGCCGAAGAAUUCAAUGGCAAUGCGGCUAUUUCUAAUAUUAUGUUUCCUCAGACGAGGUUGUCGCUCAAUUCCUGCGAUAAUGCCGAAGCUCCUUCGCUGGAUCGAUACUCAAAUAUUCCGCUCCAAAACGGUCACAUUUACAACAUUCAAGAGCAUUGUCAUACAAAAAUCUCUCGACGGAAAGAUUUUAGUCCGUGGCGUCAAUUGGUCGCGGCUUCUAUAAUGUGUCUCAUAUUCAUGCUAGCGGAAAUAAUCGGAGGUCAUUUGGCGGGGAGCAUAGCCAUCAUGACUGAUGCUGCACAUUUGUUGUCAGAUUUUGUAGGUUUUUUAGUGAGUUUAUUUUCCAUUUGGAUUGGACAACGUGCGCCCACCAAAAGAUUAUCAUUCGGAUUCUACAGAGCCGAAAUUUUGGGUGCCGUGCUCAGUGUCUUAAUAAUAUGGAUAUUGACUGGAAUAUUCGUUUACAUUUCUAUACUACGCUUGGUAAACGGUGAUUUCAAUAUUAAGGCGGACACAAUGAUGCUUGUAGCAGGGAUUGGGAUAAUCAUAAAUAUUAUAAUGGGACUCACCCUGCACGGAAUGUGUAUUAAAGUUCCGCAUAGUCAUAGUCAUGGCGGUUCACGAUCUAGUCACUCGCAUACUCACAAAGAUGUUCCUGGUAAUAUAAACGUGCGAGCAGCUGUUAUACACGUUAUAGGCGACCUCAUUCAAAGUAUCGGAGUUUUCGUUACUGCCGUUAUAAUCAAACAAUACCCAAGCGCGAAAAUAGCUGAUCCUAUUUGUACAUGCGUAUUUGCAUUGAUUGUGCUAUUUACUACUGUGCCUGUGUUGAGAGACAGUGUAAAUGUCUUAAUGGAAGGAUUCCCUCAUCAUUUUGAUUACACAGAUGUGUUGAAAGCUUUAUCCAGCAUAGAAGGGGUGCAAAACGCUCAUAAUCUUCAUAUAUGGUCGUUAACGAUGGACAAAUACGCGCUCGCCGUUCACCUAGCCAUUAGUAACAACGCGGACUCCGAUAUUGUUUUAAAAAACGCGCUGAAGUACAUUAAGAGAGAAUUAGACAUUGAUGCUGCCACCGUACAAGUAGAAAGAUACCUUUUCCCCACCAUGGAAAACUGUGUUCAAUGCAGACCGCCAAUAAACUGACAAAUGGUUACACGUUUUUAGUGAAACAUAUGAAACACUCUAUUUAUACAGCUCGAAAAAAUGUUCAGAACAAGGCCAAGUAUCAUGUCAAGGCUGAUUAGGAUUUUCGUAAUGAAAACUAAACAAGAAAAUAGACAAAACUCAACAGGGCGUCUUGUUGCCAUUGUUGAUGAUAAUCUUCGGGUAAGAAAAUUUACUGUUCAUUUUAUAUAGACCACUGAUAGCUAAAUAACAAUCAAAACUGUGUCAAAACAGUGUCAGAUAUCCAAGUGUUGUACUGGUAAACAUAUGCACAAAUGAUACGAACAUACAAAAUACGUUAGGUAUUACGUGAUAGGAAAUUUCUGCUCAGAUAAUGUUGGAUAUAUACAGACUGGAUACAAAAAAUUUCUAUAUUUCGUUUCAAACUAUAGUACAUUUACAAUCGAACCAUGUGAAUAUGGAUUACAGUAUUAAACAAUAGUAUUAAUUUAUACUUGUAAGUAUGGGUAUACAUACACGCUUUAUUUAAGUUUACGGAAGUGGGUGGAAAUUAGAAGGUAAAAGAAAACAGAAAGAAAAAAAAUAUUUUCUUAGCCGUCUUCUAUAGGUAAUUCAGACUUGUUACUGUCAAGUUUGUCUUUUAUCUUGUGGAAUUUUUGUUUCUUUUCUUUUCUCGUCUGUUUUUCGAAUUUUUUGAAAAAAACUUUGAAAAGUAAAAAGAGAAAAAUGCCAAAAAUAUACAAUUUACUUUAGAUAAGUGCUAAUCGUUAUUGAAAUAUGCGCACAAGACUUUAACGCACAGUUAUUAAUAUAUAGUUGUUAGAUAUUUCUAUAUUUCUUGUAAGAAAAAUAUUGUACAAAAGUAUAAAAAUAUUAGUGAUAAAAAAAUUAAUUCUAAUUCUCGAGCAAGAAUAAUUACUUUUAAUAAGCAGCGUUUUUUUCAUCAUUUGGAUAAAAUCUUUAUCCUAUAACUGCUGAACAGAUAUAUUUAAUAAAAUUUCGGGAAACUAUUUGUGCAGUUUGAUACAAAAAUACAAUACUUGGAGUUUUUACUAUUCACAAGCACUUGUAACAUAUCAGCAAAUAAUAUCUUCAUAACGACGGAGAUAAAAUAAUCAGUGCAGAUGUUAUAAGUCAUGUUGCAAAUGCGAUCUGGAAGUGCCUUCUGUUUCUUGCAAAGUUUGAAAAUGAUUUCUUUCAUCGACUGCUUAACCCUAGUUGGUCACACCUUAGUACAAUCCAAUAACGGUCACUUUGGGUGAAAUUCACCCCAAGUGAUUUUUUGCUUCUAAAAUGAGUUCUAAAAAAACGAUCUAGGUAUUGUUUGAGGAUCGCAAAAAAAGCUCUCUCAUUUUCCUAAUCAAAAUUCAUUGUUUAAAUAUUGUAGAACAUCGGCAAAGUCAAAGAAAGUGCCAAAAAUGUCGAAAAAAAGGCUCUUAUUUCGCAUGAGGAAUGGCACCACGAGGCCCAUUUCUACGACUCAGGGACUCUACGAGGAGUUGGAGAAAUGUUAGGUGUGAAAUUCACUCAAGAGUGACCAAUUAGGGUUCAAAGGAGGCGGAGAAAUAUAUAUUUACAUCUGUCCAGGCAGUUUUACUCAACGUUCAGUGCGAGUCAUAAAUGAAGCCGAAAAACAAAAUAAGUAGUAGACAACUAUAUACAUAGGAAAAUUCAAUUAUGUCGUAGAUACAACAGAAAAAAAUAUGUCGUCCAUAGUUUAGCUCAUAAAAUAUUUAAGACAACAACAUGUAUUCAAAAAGUUAAAUAUCUUGGUAGAUAGAAUUUAUAUUUAGAAGGUUAGUGGCUAUUGUGAUGAGGAAAAUAAGACACAUCACAAAUGUCCCGUAUGAGAAUUAAUGUAACUACCUAGUUUGAUAUAAACAUUCGAUAAAUGAUGACACAGGUUUACCUGUGAUAAAUAGAUAAAACUUUACUUUAAAUAAAAACAGAUACACAAUAAA